UUCUAAGCAAAAUUCGCAAUGAUGUCAAAUAAAGUAUUCUGUUGUACUUUGGCCUUUGCCGCUGCUUGUUUGGCGCUGUGCCUGUCGACGUCGGAAGCUGCGCCAUUUCCCAGGUAUCAGAACAAUGGCUACUACAACGAGCUGGAGGAGGUGCCCGAUGACAUUUUAAUGGAAUUGAUGGCCCGUUUUGGACAAACUAUUAUGAGAGCACGCAACGAUCUGGAAAACUCUAAACGCACUGUGGACUUUGGGUUGGCGCGUGGCUAUUCGGGCACACAGGAGGCGAAACAUCGCAUGGGUCUAGCCGCUGCCAACUUCCCUGGCGGCCCAGGCAGGAGGCGACGUUCCGAAACUGAGGCUUAAAGUGUUCACACGUCGACCAGCGAGAAGCAGCGAUUGAAUGCCAACCAAUUUCCUGAUUAGACAAUUUUUUGAAUUUAUGCCCGGAUUUAUUAGAGAGCUCUAAAAGAAUUUGUUGAUUAUUAAAUACAUACAUGCCACAUACAUACAUAGAAACAUAUGUGCUACAGAGCCCGUUGGAUCCUCAAGUACGACGGUGUGAAUAUUUUUCCAUUAGCCUAUAUGUAUUGAGUACAAAAACAAAAAUAAAAAAACAUGUAUUUCUUUACAACGUACACACAACAGACAGGUAUUUAUACUACAAACAUAUAUUUAUAAAUAUAUAUUAACGAAGCAAAAAUGUGAAAAGUAUUUAACUUCAAUUUAUUAUAACAAAAGAAAAACUUAAUUAAAUAAACUAAUUGAAAACUAUGCGUGUUGAACACAAAACUUAUAAGCAGAAAAUAUAUAUAUAUAUAUGUAUAAGUAUAUUCACAAACUGUUGCUCCAAAAGUUUUUAAAUAAAAGUUAAACGAACUCCGAUGUUGGCUUUGUUUUUCCAGCUAUUUAUAAGGAAAUGUGCACAAAAACAUGCUUAAAAUGCAUAGAAAAUUUUAAAAAUUAAGAAGGAGUAGUAGCGAUUAGAGCGCAAGCGCAGAGGAAUGAGUAAGAAAAAGAAGAGGAAGAAGAAGAAGAACACUUGUAAAAUAAAUUCAAAUUAAACUGAAGUUGAUGAUUGCAAACAAAGAAAAUCUUUAAGUAGGUAUGUAGGUUAAGCGCCGACAACAACAAAAACAACAUGCAUACACCAACACCACCACAUAACUCACACGGCUAUAAGCAACAAACAACAAGAAGCAACCAACAACAACACCAACACCAAGCAAAACAACAACGCCACUGGCAACGCCACCACCAACAUACAACUAGAAAAAUUCACUUUCACAUGCUUUGAGGCCCCCGAAAGAAAGUGAAAAUUUUGGAAUUUUACUUAAUUAUGUUAACUGUAAUAUAUCUCAUACUAGCAUGCACACACAUAUAACUUUACAUAAAUAAAGAAAAAAAAAUUUAUGAAAAAUAAAAUUGAAAUUAAAACGAAAUAUGAAUGUAUAUGUACGUACUUAUUUAAUAUAUGUAUAUGUGAUGAGUGACGAAAUAUAUAGAACAGUUAUAAAAAAGUAAAAUGAUUAAAUUGUACUGAGUAUAAGCAUUUGAAAUUAAAGAUGUUUGUAGAGAUAAAUACGAAAUUAAUAUUUAUUUAAUAUUUACAAAUAAAUAAAUAUAUAUAUAUACUAAGCAUACUUGGCUUAUAUGUCUGCAUAUUUGUAUUUAAGGUACUUUUGUUAUGAGUUUGAAAGUUAACCUGUGUGCUCCGCUACGUCCAUAAAUUUCAUACUUCUUACAUAAAUCUCCGACUUCACAUAUGUAUGUAUGUAUCUUCACUCCUCUACUUGCCUAUCAUCUUUUCAU